GCCAAAUUGCUGCUGUUGGGGGGCGGCGGCGUUGAUUGGCUGGCGUCCCAACAUGACAGGUGACCCCGAAUUCCUGGUUGUUCAUCACUUCAUCUCAUUAUCGCAGCUGUAUCUUUGGUCGAUCGUCACUUUCAUCGUCUUUCAGAUCACAUCCAUCUCGGACUCCAAGUCUCCAACCAGCUCCUGCUUCUUGGUAUCUGACGGUGAUGGAUCUGCGCAAGGUCCAAUCUGUGUCCAGUGGGCGCAUUGCCGAUAUGAUACAUCACACUGCGCGUGGGGACUCGACAUUGCACCCCCCACGAUGCUAGCAUCUGAAUUUGACGCCCAUGUCUAAAGGCUUGUUUCCUCUUCGUUAAUCCUCACCGAUUCUUUCUUUCUUUUCUUUUUCUGUUACACGAGGAU